CAACAACAAAAAAAAUGAACUCGGUAAUGGCAGCGCCCUUGGAAUAAAAUUGAUAAUACUACAAAAGAAAAGAGCUGAGAUUACUAGAUCUAGAUUUACGAAAUUUUGUAUUGAUCCCAAUAAGUAACUUAAAUAAGAUUGAAACUUUAUGAUUCAAUUCUGUAGACUGUCAUGGCUUCAAACUUGAAAUCUGUCUGUCGCUACUUUUCUACAUCCUCAAGACUUCUCAAAAAACCAAACAUUCAGAAGCCCAGAGUACCUUGGACAGAGAGACGAAUUCUGAAUGCAGUGAGUACACCCAUAUUACCCCCAGAUGAAAGGCCGCUGCCCAUAAGAUGUUGUGAUGAAAUGAAUGCUAAAAUAGCAGCAAGAGAAACAGAGCUGUCCCAAGCUUACAAAGCCUUCAGAAAGAAACAGAUCGUGAAAAUGUUCACUGAGAACAAGAUGGUCGCCAUUUGCCACAUUGUACCAAUGAUACCAAGAGAUGCUUUCAGUGUCAGGGCGAAGAUCAUGGCUGCACAGAUUAAUCUUUGUUUUGCUAAUAAAAAGUUUGUCAGAGAAUAUCUUGAAGAAAGCAAAUAUCGUAACUUGGAACCAUAUAUAGCCUCUGAUACAGUCUAUGUGGUCAGCCCAGAUAACAAGGUUGCUCAGCUUUUGGCUGUGUUACGUAAGACUCCAGAGUUGCAGCUCCUGGGUGGACUUGUGGAAGACACUAUAAUGUCAAAGGAAAUGAUGAUAAAUUUCUCCAAGAUGCCUCCCAUUGAAGUAUUACAAGGAGAACUAUUGACCAUAUUAACAUCUUCUAUAGCUACCACUAGCCAUCUUCUUUCGACCCAGCAAGAACAGCUUUCUUACAACCUAAGCCAGCUUACACAGCGAGGGGUUGAAGCAUCUGUAGAAACAAAUAAUGAUGAACAUAAGGAUAUUGAGGUCAAAGAAACAUGAGACAAUGUUGAAUGUAAUAAUAGUUUUGUUAUGUGAAUGAAUGUUUCUGUUUGUUAGCUGUCAAUAAAAUACAGAUAUCAUA